GAAUUGCACAAAUCAUAGAAUAUUCUAAAUUCACAUACAUAGAAAAAUCUGACCAAGCUAAUCUUACCGAAACACCACCUCGCAUCUUAGCUAUUAAACAUUAUCAUAAAGAUGCGAAUACGUCAAUUGUUCACAUCGGUCGGGAGAAUUAUAUUUCCGGCACUAAUUUAUGUUUAGAACAGAGAUUAUUACUUCGCGUUCUUCAAGAAAACGGAAACGUUAUUGAAAUAAAUUUUAACAACACUAAGGAAAUACAAGAUAUUAAUUACUGUUACGUUAAUGGUAAAAAUCCUAUAAAUAUACACCCAUUAUUUGGUAAAUACAUUUUGGUAUCGUACGUUCAUGCAAAUGAUACUUCCGAUAGUACAACAUACAUAGAUCGAGGAAUGGUUAUAGAUUGGGAUGGGAAUAUUAUUAGCAUAAUCGAUUUUGGACCAUCUUGCUUAUUACCGAACAGCACAAUUUGGGAACCAAAUGAAUUGAUUGUGAAUAACAUUGCUCCUCAAAAGGGAUUUUUGCGUUUAUCCAGAGUACGUGGAACAAAUCAUCUUGAAUGGAGACAAUAUGGACAUCGAGACAAUGGAAAUUUCAAUUUACUACAAAACAACACGUUUAUUACAGAUAGUACAGAUUUUACCGACUUUCAAGUUACCAUGCUUCAAACUUUAGAUAAUGGAUAUAUAAUUAUAUAUUCUAAUACGUUAUUUGCGAGUGCAAAAUUAUACGCUAUGAAAUUGAAAUAUAAUGAAAAAACAUCCGUAAAGUUUAUUUUAUAUCAAUCAACACAACCAAAUAUAACUUUCACCAGCAUAUUUUGCUCUGACGACUAUGUUAAUGUUGGUCAUUUAUGUUUCGCAUCUGUAGCAAGUACGGUGGUUACUAAAGUUCCGACUAAUACAACUACUAUAGCUACAACUGCAUUAGCUCCCCUAACCACUUCUACAGUCUUACACGUUCGACCUACUACUUUUAAUGAACCGGGUGCACAAUAUUAUAUACAAAUGGAAAACAAUUUUGUACAAAAUUCAAAAUAUGAUGAGGCCAUUCCGGGAAUUGAUCCAAAUGUGUGGACUUGUCAAACAGCUAAUAUCGAUAUUAGUCAAAGGUCAAUUUAUGCUGGUAAUAUAGUUCAAUUUUAUAAAGUUAAUCUCUAUAGACAUGGAUCCCUGUAUUUUGAACAAUUGAGUGAUUCUGCAAGAUCUGAUUUCAUUACCAUCUUAAUAAAUGAACUUACAAGAAGGAUUCCCACAGAGAAGGAUAGAUUGAGCUCAGAUAUGCGAUAUCAAUUUGACGCUACUGUUGAAUCGCAGAUUCUUAUUUCACUUUCUAUUAGUCAGGCAAAAAGUGAUGAAAAAUUGCUUAGUACAGAGUUAGCAAAAAAUUUAAACCAAUUAAUAAUAAAUGGUGCAUAUACGGGUAUAUCAACAGGAACUACUACAAUUUAUUUAGACUAUAAUUAUGGGUUUCAACCAACUU